AUGUCAUCAACAACCGUCCUCCGAAACUUUGAUAAGGAGGUUCCUUCAGCCGGACUACUCUCUAGUGGGACAUCUGAAACGCAGGGAACUGAUAGCAGAACAGAAGAGGAGACUUGCAUCCGUAGAGAGCAGUCCGCCCAUUUUCAGGGGAUGGAUGAUGCAGAGGAACUCAGUGUUUCUUUGAAACCAGCCAGUGCUCAUGAUGGCGUUGACAAAGCGACAAUGGAAGAAGAGGAAGAAGUUUUAAAAAGCCAAGAAGACGGUCUCAAGUCGGAUUUUCAGGAUCUUAAAGCUCAAAUAGAAGAAAAUGAAUUAAUUCAUGGUAUCCCCUCAAAGGGGAUGAGCUCAAUUUACAUCCCGAGGGACCCCGAACAUUUUCGACGCCAGCGGAAGUUGAUUCUUCAGCGAACCCUACAAGUAGCCGGGCCGCGGCAAAUAACGCUGCAGGCUGAAGAGAUGACUUUGGAACAAAACACCUGUUCCAAGGGCGAAUUUAAUUCAAGAACCAUACCAUCUCUGGUUGCGCAGUACUUUCUCGAUCGAAUGAGCGAGAUUGUGAUUGCCAAGCACUUACUCUUGCUAAGAUGGAAGAGGUUUUGCUCCGACACAUCAAAGGUGGAACAAGUCUACCAGGACUACUUGAAUCUUUUGGAAUUCCUCACGCAGGAAUACUUGGACGCCAGUUCUCGCGCCCACCGUUUGACCAGCGCAUCUGAGUCUCUUUUGGCUCGAAACGAUAACUGUCUAGAGGACAUUGAAUAUGAAGAUUAUUUAAUCUACUGGAAACACAUGAUCGUCAAGCUGCAGUCUCAAACCUAUUUUAAGCAGAUUAUUGCGCUCCUAAAAUGGUUUCCCUACGGCCAUCGUGAGGGCUUCAAACAAGACCUCUCGGUAAAUCAUUUCAUUGAUUUCAAAUUUUACGAUUAUUUUGCAAUUGAAUUUUAA